AUCUUGAUACUCGGCGUGUUUACCACAUCGAUUUCCACCACUGUUGCUACAAUUCGCUACCGAGUUUGAAAAGGGCUGAAAACAUUACUCGUAGGUAUAAUGCACGAUCCAUCGUGGGGGUGACUGGAAGGAAUUUAUCGGGUAGAGUUUUGGAUCGCAUUCCCGCAUUCGGUGUGUACCGAUAAUAAAGACGGUAUAUAUCACUGAUACAUAGAAGAUGCUCCGAGGGUUCAGCAGAUCGUAAGUAAAUCACAGCUGCCAAGAGCAGCCGAAAAACACCCUCGGUUAUUAUCCCGCGCUUCGGCUCCGAUCAAAAUGUUUCUGCAUGCAAGGGCGAAAGAGAUAACGGCGAAAAAAUCCUCGACAGACUUUCGGAUCGCGGGACGACGUGAAUAAUUUUUAUAAUGAAGGAACCCUGAACGAGUUCCUGCAAUCGCAGGAAAUUCAACGCCGCCCGAUAAAAUUACGGGCUCCAGAAACGUGACGCGACCUACAGUUUAGAUUUAAAAUGGCAAGCCCGGCAGCAACGGCGGCCACAUCCGGUUCCAUCUGGACAACUGCAACCUACAGUACGAAUAAUAAUUUCGUUCCAACUAGCGGGAAAAAUCUCACGAACGAAUACACGCCUCUUUGGACGGAUUUGCUGCAGGCCGCUGUAUUCUCCGUGCUCAUAUUUGUCACAAUUGUGGGAAACACUCUGGUUAUUGCUGCCGUAAUUACGACGAGGCGUCUCAGGUCGGUUACAAAUUGUUUUGUAUCCAGCUUAGCAGCGGCCGAUCUCUUAGUUGGAUUAGCAGUUAUGCCACCGGCCGUCUUGUUGCAGCUGAACGGAGGACACUGGGAACUGGGAGAAAUCCUCUGCCAUUCAUGGGUCUCUCUAGACGUUCUUCUGUGCACCGCGAGCAUUCUUUCCCUGUGCGCCAUAUCGAUCGAUAGGUACCUCGCAGUGACACAACCGCUGGUCUACAGCAGACGUCGAAGGAGCAAACGUCUCGCCGGCUCGAUGAUCAUCGUCGUUUGGUUAAUCGCUGGCGCUAUAGCGAGCCUUCCGAUGCUUGGAUGCUUCCCCAACUCCCAGAGUAUAGAUAAAAAAAUAUGCUCAUACAACAUGGACACCUCUUACGUUAUAUUCUCCGCGAUGGGUUCAUUCUUUCUUCCUAUGCUAGUCAUGCUCUACGUUUACGCUAGGAUAUCAUGCGUCAUUGCCAGACGUCACAGACACCUCGAAACUACCAGCUCGGAACCGUUGAAUAGACGAACUACUAAUCAGAAAGAGCGUUCGCGGAGUGUGAAAUCGAAGCGAUCCGGCUGCUCUACGCCCCUCGAGAGUGGAGGCAUCCCUUUCGAUCAGAUAGCCGACGAAGGGGAAGCUGAGAACUCCGGGAAAAGGAUGACAUUCAGGACUCAUCAGCAGAGCUGCAUCAACAGGGUGGCAAGAGAGACGAAAACUGCCGGGACAUUGGCGGUUGUUGUGGGUGGUUUUGUCGCUUGCUGGCUUCCAUUUUUCAUUCUCUACCUUGCUACCCCAUUCAUGCCCACUAAUCCACCCAACACCCUUAUGCCGGCGCUUACAUGGUUAGGGUGGAUCAACUCGGCGAUAAAUCCGUUCAUCUACGCCUUUUACUCGGCCGACUUCAGACUGGCUUUCUGGCGUUUGACUUGCCAAAAGUUGUGCAGAGGAAGAGCCGGACCGAUUGUUCAACGCCGAGUAAAACCGCCAACGGCCGAUGCAAGAACCGAAGCUUCGAGAACAUAAAGUCGACGACGCAUGACGCGGACAAAGUGCAGGACAGGUCAAUCUGGUUUGGGGUGAAAUUAAUAGUGUGACCUGAUAUAUGGGUGUGCGGUUUGUGCGCGAUGGGAAUAGUGAAGGUGUCGCACAGUAGGUACUGUCAUCAAUUACUUUGACGUCCACGCGCUCUCUCAUCGAUAAAGGAAAAGUAAAAGCGGACCAUCGACGCGUAUACGUACAUCCGUGCAGGUUGAGAAAUCGCAGGGCGUAGAUGAUCCAUAAAACGUUCGUAAGAAAUAUUGAAAAAUGUUCCCUUCUGUGGCGAAAGGGCGUCAACGUCAUUAAUUUUCAUCGUGACGGUGCAAAAAGUGUCAUGCAAACCCUGAAAUGAAAAAAAUAAUUAUAAAAGUAUCGCCCCUCGUCUGUAACGGCGGCAUCCAAAGGAUUCAAAACUCUGAUUUACGGUCAGUAGGGAAGUGAAACGUGCGAUUUUUCGCGAUCUGUGAAACUAUUUAGUACGUUUAAUAGACAUUUUUGACUGUGACGUUUAUCCUAAAUUGCAUAAAUGCAGGCGGAUUUGGUUAAGCUGUAUCCUGAGUUGCAUAAAUUCAGGCGGAUUUGAGUGCGACGUGUUUCGAAUUGCAUAUAUUCAGGCGGAUUUCUGUGAAAUGUAUUCUUAGUUCCCUAUAUGGAGGCGAAUUUCAGUAAAAUGUAUCUUGAAUUGCAUAAAUGCAGGAGAAUUUAGAAGAUGUUAAAUUCCCCAUGUAACGUUUCUACGAAAUCAGCCCAAAUGCACACACUGAAAUGAAAACAUAAUUAUGAAAGUAUCGCCCCUGGUCUGUAACGGCAGUAUCUAAACGAUUCAAAAAUUUUAUUUACGAGCAGCAGGGAAGUGAAACGAGCGAUUUUUCGCGAUCUGUGGAACGAUUUAUUACAUAGCACCCAUUUUUUCAAUCGUUUUAUUCCCCGCAGUUUAUAUAGCGUAUAUCAACUUGUAGUUGAAUAGAACAUAUAUGUAAGCUUGUAACAAUCAACAAAUAACGCCAAUGCAGGAGUGAUAAAGAAGUUUCAACGAUUUUCAAAUUCACUCGUGUUUUCUUACGGUGAUUGAAAAUUCCAUAAAGACAAUUAAUAAUUUUUCUAAUUCCAAGAACUCAUGUACUUAAUGAGUCGCCGAUAUUUUUUUUUUUUUUGACGUUAUACCAGAUCGACGUGCAAAAUUGUACGAAUAUAGACGUGAUCUUGUUAUAAUAGUGAUGUCAAUUGUGUAAAAACGGUAAUAAUAACAAUAACAACUAUUAUUAUAAAUAUAAUAACGUGAAAAUAUAUUAUUACCAUAACAUUAUACUUUUAGCGUCGGAUAAAUUAGCCUCAUCGUUGACGUUGUAGAGGUAAUUUUCGUUAAAACUAUCCAUAACUUUUAUCUAGUCAGAACUGUAUGCUGUUAAUUAUCUCAAACUAUUUAAUCGAAAUGAAGAUUCUAGUUAAAAUU